AUGGCAUUAUUAAUAAAUAAAUGUAUUAAUGUAAAAAACUUAAGUCGAUGUCAUAAAGUGUGUUUAACUAACAGAAUUCUACGACAAUGUACGCGCACGAACAGUGGUGUUAUUCUAGAUAAGAGGAAAAAUAAUUUACAUAACAUUGAAGGUUUAAAAAGACAGAUACAUUACACAAAUGUAGCAUUGAAAUCAGUUGCAUUCAAAUUAUCAGAUAUUGGGGAAGGAAUCCGUGAGGUUGUUAUAAAAGAAUGGUUUGUCAAAGUCGGUGACAAAGUGCAGCAAUUUGAUAACAUUUGCGAAGUUCAAAGUGAUAAAGCAUCAGUGACGAUAACUAGUCGAUAUGACGGUGUUGUCACCCGUCUCUACCAUGAAGUGGAUCAAACAGCAUUGGUAGGCCAGCCUCUAGUUGACAUAGAAGUCGAAGGAACGGAAGAAGAAGCCUCAUCAACACCAACAAAAGUUGAAGAAAGUAUUAAGUCAGAUGUUUCAGCUUCUUCGCUAGUAGACAAUUCUAAUACAAAAGGCAAAGUUCUUACAACACCAGCUGUUAGAAGAAUUGCCUCUCAGUUUCAGGUAAAUCUGAAUUCAGUCCCAGCUACCGGUAGAAAUGGACGGCUGCUCAAAGAAGAUAUACUAGCAUACUUAAAUAUUACUUCUGAUAAAUCAAAUGAAGUGCCAGACCUUCCUAAUGAACCUGUAGUUGAAGUUAAGUCAAAACCAGAAAUAAUACUAGAAGACAAAGUGGUCCCUGUAACUGGAUUCACUAAAGCUAUGGUUAAAUCAAUGACAGAGGCUAUGAAAAUACCACACUUUGGUUUUAGUGACGAAUACAAUGUUACAAAAUUAGUAGAAAUGAGAGAGACACUUAAACAAAUUACCCUCAAGCGUGGAGUGAAAUUGACUUACAUGCCUAUAAUUGUUAAAGCCGCUUCUUUAAGUCUACUUAAACACCCUAUUUUAAACAGCAGUUUGGACAGUUCGUGUGAAAAUAUUAUUUACAAAGCAAGCCACAAUAUAGGCGUUGCUAUGGAUACGCCGAAUGGAUUAGUGGUUCCUGUCAUAAAGAAUGUCCAAAACAAAACUGUAUUAGAAAUAGCCAAGGAGUUAAAUCUUAUACAAGAGAAAGGCGCGAAAGGUCAACUCGGUCUGAGCGACCUUUCAGGUGGAACUUUUACGAUUUCAAAUAUUGGAAAUGUUGGAGGAACUUACACGAAGCCUGUGAUAUUACCAACACAAGUAUCCAUUGGAGCUUUGGGAAAGAUUCAGAAAUUACCGCGAUAUGACGAAGAGGGAAACGUGAAGCCUGCACAUAUCCUAACAGUCAGUUGGUCCUCCGACCAUAGAGUAAUUGAUGGAGUUACCAUAGCAAGAUUUUCAAAUGACCUCAAGAGUUAUUUAGAAAACCCGUACCUCUUACUUUUGGAUCUGUAA